UUCUGGUAUCACUGCCUGGCGGAAACCUGAUUACCGAGAAGUAUCUAAGACCUUAUCAUUUUACCCCUUGCCAAAUCUCUCUAUAAACUCCCCCACAAACGAAUAACCUCGACCUGUUCCAGUUCACGAGAAUGCCUUGUUCCGGGGUCUUCGACGACGUAACUGUUCACACGGCGAAAUGCUCCAUAUGCAACCGUAGAAACAUCUCAACUCUCAAGAAAUGCAUCGACUGCGGCCAGCAGGUCUGCAGACUUUGUUAUGUCGAAAAGAAUGGCACUCAUGGCCUGGAUUUAUUCAACCUUUCAACACCACGCUCUCAAUUGGCAUCAGUAGGUCGACCUGCGGUCAGCCAAGCAUCGACAAUGGGAGCGGCUAUCGAUGCCUCUUCUGCGAGUCUAUUGGGCCUGAGUACUAAUGCUUCGGCAACCAGCCGCGAUCAAUCAACGACCGAGGCAGAUACAGAAGCCAUUAACAGUGAUGAACGUGAGGAGCCUGACGUUGCGACUGUCCCAUCCCUCGUGAGGAGGUGGUUGUGUUUCGAAGAAGCGAAGGAUCGGCUUGCUCUGCACCUCCCAGGAAGCCGAGACAAACUGUGCCAGUAUCUCCAGUCAGAAGCCGACAAAGAAUACAGAAGAAUGAGUGAGGAGGAACGCGCCCUUGCCCACUCACUCAGGCCCCCCAACGAAACCCAAGGCUCAUUUACUGCCGCACAACCUACGGAACUCAGUGGAGUUAUGCCUACACAGAUUCAAGCAAUUCAAGCCCAGGUUGGAAUCACGUCUUACGCUGAGUCUGAUACAGAGAGCGGCAAACAAAUGCGUCAUUACGACACGCCAUCCGCUCGCGUUGAUAGCGACAAUGGUGAAUAGUGGGGUUAUAACAACUGCUUCAUGGAUUUUUUCUCCCCAAAACUCACAAAUGGUUUUCUGGCUCUUCUAUUUUUCACAACACAACUCCACUGCCUCAAGGUUUCGCUGAAAGUUUCAGUUA